UCAUACACAGAGGAGGUAUUGCUCACCAUUGCUCAGACACACACACACACACACACACACACACACACACACAGAAGGACAGGAGACAACAGAAGCAUAUCAGAGGUGUGUGAGAAGUAAGAGUGCGGCAGAGGACACAAGAAGUGAAAGAGAAACAAGACACAACGAGAAACGAUAUGACAAUUGGCAAGAACUCCAGGAAAAGCUCAACCAGGAGCUCCAUCCGGGCCCCAAAGUUUCUGGAUAAAUCCAGCGGCUUCUACGGUCGACUUGAUGAGCCUGAGACCACCGGAGAAGGGGAGGAGGUGAGGGCAAACGAAGUAGAGGAGAGAGGGAAUGGGGUGGAGGAUGCCAGCAGAGAAGGGAGAGCCAUGAGCAGCCCGGCCACAAGUGUGGGGAACAAUUCAGGGGCAGAUGAGGUGGAUGAAGCCGAGGCAUUUGAGUUCAAUGAAGGGCUGAUGGAAGACGAUGGCGAGACUCUCCUGCGCAGGAAACCCAGCCGGCGCAGCAGCAGGUGGAGAAGAAGCUCCAGGAGGAAGCAGAAGGAGGGGAGAACCGAGGAGGAUGCAGCCCGAGACGAGAGGCCCAGCCUGGGCAAGGAGAGUCUGGUUGACUCCCAUGACCUGGAAGGCACCAGGGUGAUGAUUAUGGUAGAGAUGGAGAAACAGAAGCAGGUGGAGGAAGAGAAGGAGAAAGCAGGAAGAGGGAAUGAGCCCGCGCUUGUUCACUUCCCGGUCCGGGAAGAUGAGGAUGACCAGGUCCUCAUCAGAGACAAGAAGAGGGGGAGGGAAGAGGAGGGAGAGGAGGAGAGGAGGAUGAAGAGAGAGCAAGAGGAGGGGAUGAAGGUGGUGAAGAGGAACACAAUGAAGAAUUACCGCAAGGCCUUGGACCGAGCAUUUCGUCGCGGCUGGGAGGCCUUCAUCACCAACCUCUACAGUGUCACGCUCACACCUGUGACAUCAUCAUCGCCACCUUCACCUUUGUCAAAGAAGCAGCAACACGACAACUCUGUAUUGGCUGAGUUUCGGUAGUACUGGACACUGACAUGGACGAUUAAAACAAAUUAAGUAAUUUGUUCAAAUCAUGAUUAUGCUGAAUAGUGAUGGACAACAGAGGGGACCUUUAUAGCUGCAUGAUGUGUUUGAGUCAUUCAUUAAGCCUCAGAAAUAUCAAUUAUUUAUGUUAGUUACUGAGUCUUAAUUACUUAACAUCAAGUGUACUGCCUUAUCAUAUGGUGGCGCACAUUAGUUUGCACACAUACUGCAGACCUUAUACUUUUACUAAAGGAGCUGGGGAGGUCAAGCUGUUGAUUUUACAUUGAAGUCUAUGGGACUGACUUGAAUUUUAAAGUUCAGUCUUUAUGUGACUGAGUUCAGCUGAUUCUAGUUCCCCUUUUCUAUGUUGCUAAUUUCAGAUUUUAGUCAGAGGCGGAGGAAUGUCUGAACAUAUCUUAACGUAGCUCCGUACAUCCAGCCCACUAUUAAGAGCUUGUAGUACAGAUAAUCUCUGCCCCCUUUGAUUUAGCACUAUGAAACUUAAGUGUUGAUGUGUAAGCAAAGGGAAUGGAAAAUUUCCAAAGAGUAGUGAUGACUUAUUAGUUGACUUUUGUCCUGAUAAUAUUCACAAUUCUGUCUGGUAAUCAGUGCCAUUUAUUGCUGUCUGGCAGCUAAUCAGUAAUCAGCUGUGGUUAAUGACAGACACAUGCAUCCAGCUAGUCAGUGUCUACAGACACUGUCAUUGUGAGCCACAUUAACACACAUUUGUAUGUUAAAUAAUUAUGGAGAAACUGCGGUUAAUACCUAUUUUAACAUGGGGUUUUCCCAUCUGUGUGUGCACAGAAAUACACAAGAGAUGUCACGUAGUCCAGCUUGACAGUGUUUGACUUCCUCAUGAGAUAAAGUUCAUCCCUGUGUGUGUUCUGGUGAAGGUUGUUUAACCUGAUGGAACAAGACAGGAGAGUGUUUGCAUGUUUGUGUUUGAGACAGAGCAACAGUUUUUAUAGUCUGGUUAUGAACCUGCAACAGCACCAACUGAUUGUUUGAUUGAAGCCGCAUCAUGUUUCAUGUUUUGAUUUGAAAAGAGUACGCCAACCUAAAUCUCAAACAGUAUUUAAGAGUUAAUAAUGACUGAAUCUUGUUAAAAUGUAAAACAUGUUUACAAUACACCUGCUGUAAUUUUCUGUUAUUCACUAUGUAUUUGGUUUUUAUAUUACCUCAAAUGUACUGAGUUGUCCAUGAAGAGCUGACUCAAUAGGCUGCAGAAGAAAACUUCUCCUUAUCAUCUUAAUGACUAUCUUAAAAAUUUGUUAAUUUUUAUAAAAAAAUCCUUUUGUAUCCUCAUGAAAGCUUCUGAAGUCUGAAACCAUAAUAAGAAACACUUUUCUGGGGGUAAAUAAACACUGAAGUUAUUCGA